GCAAGAUGUGCUGUCAGAGCAAGAGUAUUUUCUGUAUAAGGCAAUUUUGGUAGUCAGAGUCAGGUGUUAAAUUGGUUGUUAGGGUUAAAUUGGCCUGCUGGGGUAGAAAGGUAUGGUAGUAAAAACAGAGAUGGUACAGACUGGGAUCACAAGGGAUGAGGAGGUGUGUACUGCAUUCCUCCCCUCCCUUGUAAUAUCAUCCCUGUUUUAUAUUGUGCUGACACUGUGAAUUCCUUGGAAAUGGAUUUAAGAUAUGCUUGGUGAAUACCAUCCAAUGGGAACUGCGAGCACCCCAGCAGAAUCCAAAUUGAACUGAAGGCUUCUCUCCCAGGCCAGGGAGCUGGUGGGAUGGCUGCACGCUUACCUGGGAGUCCCCCAUCCCUGUGUACGUGCCAAGGCUCUGCAUCAGUGACACCCAGCCACGGGUGAUCAUUCUCGUUGCUCCUUGUCCUGUGACUCUCUUUAGAAGAUGUUUGGAUCUUGUGUGCUGUGUUGGUGAUCCAGCCUGUCUGCCCUAGGAACCAGAUUCUCCACGGCUCCAGCACCAGCUGGCUGUACAAGGCAGUGAACGAGACAGCUCUGCUGAACAUCGCUGCUCCUGGGAGCAACUACGACACCACAUGGCUGCGAAACAGGCAGAGGCUGGUGCAGAUGAAGGGCACCAGCAGCAGGCACUUUGUGAACAAGGAGCAGUGCAGGUGCGCCAUCCUCCGCAACGGGAGCCUGCAGAUCCAGCGCCUGCGGAAGGAGGACAGUGGGGACUACAGCGUGGUGGUUUACCAGCAGGAUGGGAAGCUGAAGGUAGAAGAAAACAUAAUGCUCUUCGUUCAGGAACCUGUCCCUCAGCCAAAUCUCACCUCUGAAUGCAGGAAUAAAAGUGUGUCUGUCAAGUGUGAAGUGAAACAGAAGGCUAAGGAUGAAGCAAAAGAGAAGGCUAAGGAUGAAGUAUUUUUAAUAGAACUGACUCAACCCAAUGGCAAAAAAAUCCGUAAGAAUGGUACGAUGCUGGAAUGGCAUGGGUGGAGUUCUGGGACGUUCAGAUGUGUUGCUAAGAACCAAGUCAGUGAAAAAAUGGCUGAGAAAGAAAUUAAGUGUUCAGGCAAGAUGGACUUUUAUCUCAUCUUAAGCAUAGCAGGAGGUGCAGUCUUCUUUGUCAUCUUUGUGAUUUGUCUUAUUUAUUGUAUCAGAAGGAAAAAAGCAAAAAGGCUUCAUGUUUAUGAGGAGGAGCGGGUGAUGCCGGCGCUGCCCUCGGACCGUGAGAGGGCGAUGCGGGAGCUGCCCCGGAGCCCGUCCAAGCCCACCCCGCAGCAGCUGCGGGUGCAGCAGCGCCCGCUGCCCCCGCAGCCCCCGGAGCUGCAGCAGCAGCAGCAGCCGCGGCCCCUGCCACGGCCCCGCACGCAGCCACGGACUCCAAACCCCCCCCGGGAAAGGCCCUGAGCAGACGGCCCGGGAGGAGGAUGCUGGGCUCUGCUCCACCUUGGCUGGGGAAAGCUCCCAGAGCCCCUCCCGCCCGGCCCUGCCUAACGCUCAGCUAUGAACAGGCGGCUUUCGCUGCGGAAAAUGAGAGAGAGCAUCGGAUGGAGACCAAGAGACCCGGGGGAGGAGGCUCAAGGUGAUGGGCAUUCAUCCCUGUGGCAGUUUUUCUACGGGUGUCUUCAUGUUAGGACAUGGAGCACUGAGCCCUGAAACCCGUGCCUCUCUGUGGUUCGCUUGUUUUCACUGCACCUUGCUGUCUUUGUGCCCUUUGGAUGGUUUUCACUAAGAAGGAGCUAAAGCUCUACUGAGACUACAUGGACCUAUGGAUCUCACAGGGAUUUAUCUCCUGCUCUACAUUAGGACAGCUCUCUGGCUUCAGCAUCAAAACCACGGCCUCCAAAAAAUGGUUGUAUGUAAUUAAAUAUUUGUCUGAAGUUGAAAGGAUUUGUGUCAUACAAUGCAGAGAAGAAAAUAUUGAAAGGACGUGUGAGAGCCUUGAAGCACCUGUGUGGGAAAAACACAAAUGGGAAAGGAAUAAACUUUUCCCUUUCUCCACUGUGUUUAGAAAAGAAACUGUGGACUUGAAUUUCAGCAAGAGAGAGUUGGGUCAGUAUUUUUUUUUCAUGAAACACUGAGAGAGAUUUCUGGGAGAGGUUCUCCAGCACUGGGGUUUCAAAGGGUGGAUGAGACAACAUUCUGUGAAGCCUCUGUCCUGACAAGGACCAGGAGAAUGUGCUACACAGCCUCUUCAGGGACAGUUUCAACUCAGUUUUCUGUGACUUUUAGGCAAAUGAAACAAACCUUCAUUCUCAGUGUAAGUCUGUGUGGCUAUGCAGACAAUUUUUUUUUGCCUAGAAGAGGUCUGGUCUCAUUUGGCUUGUGAAACAAAGCCUUACAAGCUGCCAGCCAGCAGGAUUGCUGGUGGCACUGUCUGGAUUGUCAGGGGUCUACAUCUCAGGGCCUCCUGCUGAGGGCGAGGGGCUGCGUCUCUGGAUUUUGCUGGUAACACCUCAGGUACAAUCAGGGGAUGACUGAGAGCUGCUGAGAGAUCUGCACCCCCAAGGGAGGAGCUGGACUGUGACAAGUGCUCCUGCAUCACCUUCCACGUGCUGGACACUGCUUUCUCCUCUGGGCCUUGGGGGUGUCCAUACCAGCCUCUACAGGGCAGCUGAGGAGCUGAGGGCACUCAGCUGUGUCUGCAUGGGUACACUGACCCCUCUGGGGUAAAAGGUAGGGCAGGGGAAGGAGGAGAGAGCUGCAAGAGCCACAGAGCUCUAGACAUCCAGCCAGCUAGCUGGCAGGUCUGGCAGAAGGACACUGAAUAUUUCUUUCAGGCUGGCCUAUCCCACAUGUGCCAGGGGAGAUCAAACAGCCAUGCUUUGUUUCUCCUGAGAAAUAUGACUAUUUUUAUCUUCUGGUGUAAGGGCGAGGAGGCAACUUGUCAGGAAAAGGAAGUCUGCCUCCUCCAGAGCUCCGACACUCGAGCUGCGGCAGCGGGAACAGCCCUAGGAGUUCCACUUGCUCUCGCCUUAGCUUUCUGCAGCUGCUUUUCAGGCUUUUGCUAUUUGAAAUUGCUUUUGGUAAAUGUCUCAUGGCUUAUUUUGUAACACAGCAUAUGCUAUAUCCCUGUACUGAAUAAAUAAAGAGAAGACGGUGCAGAGGAUCUCA